CCUGUUUACUUCACAACCCGGAAGCUGGGAGUACAGUGCAUGUCUGGUUACCGAGCAACCUCCGACCUUGCACUAUUUAACACAUAACAGAAACAUAUACUAUAACAUAACCCAUGAUACCACAAAGCAGUUGUAUUAAAACGAUUAAAUUUUGCUGAUGGAUACAGUUUCUGGAGAAAUAGAUCGUUCUGGGAUCUGCUUGUGUGUAUUGUGUGGACUACCAGCUGCAGGAAAGUCAACAUUGGUUCGGACUCUCCCUAGCUACACUCGAAAGAAGGGAUGGAGGAUAUUUAUUUUGUCCUAUGAUGAAAUAAUUCCGGAGGAGGCGUACGAGUUGCGAAAAGAGAAUGACGCGUUAAUGGACACGCAAUCUAGCUGGAAGUCAUACCGACAAGAAGUGCUGCAGUGUCUGGACGCCUUCCUGCAGAGUCAGAAUGCGCCCGUAUGUGCGAAUAGAGGUGAAGCCUGGGCGAGAUUUGAACGGGUUGCACAGGACCAGCAAGUGCUUAAAGCGUCAGAUGACUCACUCCGUCAAAUGUCGCAUAUAAAAUCCGAGCCACUCUUCGUUCUGCUUGAUGAUAACUUCUACUAUCCCAGCAUGAGAUACGAAGUGUACCAGCUGGCUAAAAAGCACUCUCUAGGCUUCUGCCAGAUUUAUCUCCGGUGUCCUCUGAACGUCUGCCUUACCAGAAACCGCAUGAGGGGCUGCCCCCUGCCUGAUGAAGUCAUAGUGGAGAUGGCAAAGCGCAUUGAGCCUCCAAACCCCCUCAAAAACACCUGGGAGCAGAAGAGUCUCACACUGACCAGUACAAUCGACUUUUCACAACAGGACAUAGAGCUGCUGAUUCAGUUGCUUGGUGCUGCAUUGGAGAAUCCAUUAACGCCAAUCCAGGACAACACUGAACAAAAGGAGGCCGACCGGCAGAGCUGUGCCUCCAGUAUCGUGCACCAGGCUGACCAGGCCUGUCGGCGCCUCGUCUCCCAGGCCAUGAGGGAUGCCAAAGAAUGUAAAUGGACUGCAAGUAACAUGAAGAGUCUAGCUGCCGAGCUAAACCAGCUGAAGACAAAAUUCCUGGAAGACCUACGAAAACAGGUUCUCCAAGGCUAUCCCAUCUGCCCUGGGGAGACCAUAAAUGUAGAGCUGGUGGUGAGCAGAGCAGUUUCUGUAUUUGACCAGGAGAAAAAUUACAUAAUGAGAAAAUAUUCCACAGAACCUGUGAAACACCUAUGAAGUUGUUUGAAUAGUAUGUCUCAUAUCCCCGACUCCCUCAGAAAUCAGAGUAUUUUUGUAUUACAUUAUAUUAAAAUACACUUGUAAUUUCAUAAAGUGGAUUUUUCUGUCA